AUUGGAUUAAGUGCAACAGGUUUCUAACAGACUGAGUAUGAAAACCCCAUCACAGAGUCUGAGUCUAAGUCUGUCAUAUCAGACUGGAACGGAUAGGCCUGCGUGUUGCCAUGAGGUCAUAAGUCUUUUUAGAAGAGAGGCUUAAAAGUAAUUAAUACGGUCUUGAAAUGAAAUUUAACAAGUUAUACGAUGCAGACUUGGUUCUGUUUCAAAUAAAAUAGUAGAAUGGUAUAAUUAGGCCUGAGGAAAUGUUGCCAUCUAGGAGUUAAAUCCCUAGAUUAGUCUCUUAGGCUAAGUGGAUGAAUGGGAGGCGGGUGUGUGUGCGGGUGUGCCUCGGGUGUGAAGGUGCCUGCUCUCCAAAGCACCAAUGCGCGCAACUCUGCCUGAUUGUCAUUAAUAACCCUGACACUACGAGUCAUUGCGGUGCGCAGAAACAGAGACACCAGAGAGCUGCAGGUGACGGACGGUCAAAACAUGCCAAGCGUGAAGGCGGCUGCAGUCACUGGGCUAGGAAUAGGGGCAAUACUUAUGAUACAAGUCGGAGACCUGCUGGACUCAGCAAGCAGCGGCAACCCGAUAUGGAGCGAAACGGAGAGGCACGGCGCACCAGCGCGGGCCGUCCUCUGCAUCAUCGCCGGCGUUUCCAUCCUCGCUUUGGCCCGGCUGUACCGGCUCCUUUUCUGUCCUUUGGAGAUCUUCAGGUCGCCCGAUGACGUGGGGUACGUCGUGGAGGAUGGUCGCACCAGAGCGCAGGCGGCGAACGAGGUCAGGCGCAGGAGGAAAAUCGGAGAGCUGCCUCCAGUCUACCCCAACGGCUGGUACCGAGUGUUGGACUCACACAUGCUGCAGAGAGGCGAGGUCAAAAAUGUCACAGUUCUAGGUGAGCAGGUGGCGGUGUUCCGUGGCCAGGACGGGGCUGCCUACGUGCUGGAUGCCUACUGCCCUCACCUGGGAGCCAACCUGGCGGUGGGAGGACGGGUGUUGGAAAGUUGCAUCGAGUGUCCGUUUCAUGGAUGGCAGUUUCAAGGGACGGAUGGCAAGUGUGUGAGGAUCCCCUAUGCUGAAAAAGUGCCAGAGUUUGCCAAGGUGCGCUCCUGGCCCAGCUGUGAGAUCAACAGACAAAUUCUGGUUUGGUUUCACUGCGAUGGAGAGGAACCUCAGUGGACUGUCCCAGAGCAGCAGGAGAUCACAAAGGGCGAGUGGGCCUAUCGGGGGAGAACUGAGCAUUUUAUCAAUGCUCACAUACAGGAGAUUCCAGAAAAUGCAGGAGACAUAGCUCACCUGGCUCACCUACACAACCCAGGCAUUGUCAGCGGAGUGGAUCUGCGUCACACCAACGCCAAAAUGUGGAAAUUUCUACGACAUGACUGGAAGGUUCAGUGGGAACCAGAGGCAGAGCCCAAUGAGCAUUGCUCCCAGAUGUUGGUGAAACAUGCACUGACUGUGUUUGGCUAUCGCUGGCCUUUGUUGGAUGUUCAUGUUGUGGCUAGACAGGUGGGACCAGGACUGGUGUUUCUGCUGUUUGACCACAGUUUCUUGGGCCGGGGUGUGAUCAUGCAUUGUGUGACUCCGGUGGAGCCUCUGCUGCAGUGUGUCUCUCACACCAUCUUCUAUCAGUCUAACAUCCUACCUCUGGUGCCCAAAUUCAUCCUCAAAGCAGAGUGCAUUCAGUUUGAGCGAGACGUGAUGAUCUGGAACAAUAAGAAGUAUGUCUCCAAGCCUCUCCUCGUGAAGGAGGACUCAGCCAUCCAGAAGCACAGGCGCUGGUUCAGUCAAUUCUACAGCGGGAACAGCCCGCGGCUCCAGUCCCGGCGUGACACUUUAGACUUCUGACCUCCCUGAACUACAGGAGGAGAGCUCAACAGCAAAUAUGUCAGGUCAGGGUUGACAUUGAUCAGACGUCCGCGAUCAAUUCUUAUCUGUCCCAUAUUAAAAAUUAUAAGAGGAAAGGAGGCACUGACUUGUUGGUGUGAUAGAACUAUGCAUUUUUGUCUUUUUUUUGAAAAAAAGCCUGAAACCUAUAUGUUUUUCUUAUAUUCACCUCAGUUCCGGUUAAUUUAUGUAGCACCAAACCACAAAAAGAUGCUUGAGAGAAACCCACAGUGCAAGCACUAAGGAGACGGAGGUGAGGAAGAAACCUUGAACAGAGCCCAGCUCAUAUGGGGGCUCCCAUCUGCUUGAGGUUGGCUGGGUAAGAGAAAGAAAAGAAGAGUGAGGGGGGGUCAGAGGAGAAGGGAAGAGGGAAUUGGAAGGAAGCAAAUAAACUCGAGCAUGUCUCUGGAAGAAGAAUACGUGCAGCACAUAAACAUGAUGCAAGCAUAUGGUACUUAUAGAUGGCACAUGUAAGAUUAAGCCAGCAUUCGGUCUGUUCAUUGUAAAAAGGUUGACAACGUUCUCAUGAGACAAGUGCCUAAAGUGUAACAGAGUGAAUAUAACCCAUGAAUUAAGAAUUUUGUGAAUAAAAUAAGUAGUUCUAAGAAUACCAGACUUACCUUGUCUAGGUCUUUAAAUUGAGACAUGAUUCUUUUAGGCAGUGUGUGAGUGUCUGACACCGUGUGGAACACCUUCCUCCUGUGUAACAUGCCUCAACAUGCAAUUUCUCAUGUGUUAGAAAACAUUAAUCUGUCCUUCCGACCAGUAAGUGUAAAUCUUUAAUGAGUUAUCACAUCGGGCACCGACUAGGCUGCAGGUGUUACAGCAAGUGCGUUUGUGUUUUGAUUCAUAUCAGAUUACGCGGCUGCAAUCUGUAGUUACCGAAGUGUUUCAUGGAAACUUAAAAGAAUACUCCGACUUUUUUAGCCUUAUCUCUCUGAAUCAAAAUCUGACUGGCUGACAUCACUUUUGGCAUGCUAGGCUGGAGAAAAAGCUGCAGUGCCUUGCAUACAUUUAAGGCUCUAAGGGAAAUGAUAAUGUUUUAAAAACAAUUACCGAGCAUAUGUCAUAUGUUAAAUAAUGUUGCAAAAAAUGACAGUAUGAAUGUGGUUAGAUCCUGAUCCUGAAAUUAUAAUGUGCUGAUCUUAAGUGGAUCAGUGGAUCGGAUAAAGAAAACAUUUAUUUAAUUUUAACCUCAUAAUCCACUGAGGCUGAAAUAAAGAUAGCAUUUUUUGUAUGUGAAAAUCAGUGCACAUUGUGUAUCUGUAGGAUUAUUUUCACUCUUGUUUAGUCUUGCUUCUCAUAUGCUCAUAAAUGUAUGUUCCGUUUUGUCUGGGUACAGAGAGUCUACGUGUCCCUGGUGACCGUGAUGCUGUGAGGCUUUAUUAAAUGCUACCGUGCCUGUCUGGAAAUAUGUCAAAUGUAUAAAGGUGACAGUGUUCAGCUGUCUGAGCUGAUGAGGUUGGUCACAUUUUAAUUUCCGCUUCAGUCAGCUGGCCUUAGAAGACAGGAGAUACAUUUCAAAACAAACCACCAGCCUCGAUGAAGAGCACAGAACUAAUGAUGAAUAUCAAAUUAACUCCCAUAUUCCUUCGCAAUAUUAACGUGUGUCUUUCCUACUGGCUAAUGUGCAUGGAAUGUUUAUUUAAAUACGCAGAAUAAAUUUGUCUACUCGGCUCUAAUGUGCUUGCUCAUGCGUUUGUGAACUGGGAAAUGCGUUCCGUUGCUCUGAAUAUGUUAGCGUGUUAAAUUGAGCGUCACAGUGAAGUGUUCAACGUUAUACUUUGCCAGUGGCACUUUUCUAAGACUCACAUUAUUGCUUGACACUCCUUAUCUGUGAAUGUACUUUUCUUAUCUUAGUUUGUGGUGUGGGAGACCUGUGCUGCCUUUUUAAUCUGACGUGUUACAUCAACAAUUAGCCUGCUUGUGUUUUGUCCAGGAAGAAGUGGGCUUGCAGUAAUAAGGAGGCGUACUAACUCCGGGUAAGAGCUUUGUCGCAUGUAUCAAAGAGAACAAAUUUUUGAAAGAUGGCUGAAGCAAACGUUUUUGAGGCUGAGGAGAAAGGCGUCACUGCACUGGGUGAAAAUCACCUUCCUGCUACACAGGAGGUUUACCUUACGGUGGUGUACAAAACAGAGGGAGCAGAAACCCUGGAAGAGGAGAGCGACUCUGUCAUACAGUCUCUGAUUCAGCACAAACAUCAGGACAGCAGCGGUGAGAGUCACAAAGCAGGCAGACAAAUAGCAACAGAUGGGCCUGACCAGAAGACAUCUGUUCCACAAGAGCUGGAAUUGCCUGGCAGGGAUCAGCCUGGCUGCAGUGGAAGUGUCAGGAGUUUGUGCAGUGACAGCAGUCGGCACGAGUGCCCCAUCUGCAGCGAGCCCUUCCAGUCACAGGGCGAUCACCGCGUUACCUUGCUCAACUGCGACCAUGCGCUGUGCCAUCGCUGCACAGCUGGCAUCAUGAGUCGGGCCAAGAACACCAGCCGACUCGAGUGCCCCCUGUGUCGACAGACCACCCCGUUCCCGCAGUGGGAGAUCUGCAGGCUUCAGGGGGAGUCAUACCCUGACACUCUCUAUGAGCCCAGACCGGCCCUUGUCAUCAGUCCAGGCCCUGAAGUCGAGACACCACCGUUGUGUUGCUUCACUCUGGAGAGGCAGCUGGAGGCUCACACACACGGAAACAUUCCUGGAUGCUGCAUGCACCCUUUCUGCCUAGUUGGAGGACUGAGGGUAAUACUACGACUAAACUCCCUCUGUUUCUACAUCUUCGCCCUCCUGCUGCUCUUCUUCGUGUUUCCUCUUAUAAUACGUUCCGUACUCUUCAGUAAUGGCUAGCUUAUCUUAUCAGAGGGAUCUUAUGAGGAAGCUAUUGCUGUGGACGAACUGUCAGUCAGCUCCUUCAUUUUGGAACAUUUCGGAGUCAACACACAUACAGAAGAAUAUGAGUCAUGUUUUUCUCCAAUAACAAUGUCAAAUGUCCUUGACUGUUGUUUAUUUAACCUGGUUAUUCAUAACUCACCCUUGGACUCUGACUACAGGCUGCAGGAAUGCAGGAAUAGGCCACUUUUGACUUAGCAACAUUCAAAUGAACUCCCAAACAGGACGGCUUGAAUAUGAACAAUGUUUUCAAUUCUGUGAGUUCAGUGCAACCUCUGACUUUUGUCGUCUUUGAAGUGUGAGUCAGCUUUUAGGAUAAUGGAGCGCUGCAUUUGGGUCAGAACUCCUCAUAUCUUUCCCUGCCUUAUUUUGACCCAUUUCUCAUCAGAACAAGUCACACGCUUUGAUGCUGCUGAAUAUUCUUAGCAGCAUCACAGCCCAGUUUUAUCUUCUUUCGCAGUACAAAAGUUCGGGCACCCCACAACGCAAGUAUUUGCUUUGCUCUUCUAUAUGAUGGUUUUCUUCAUCUUAUUGCCACUCUUAUAGUCGUCUUAAUUACAUUGAAGACAGUCUUUUCAUAGACUUCUCCUGCUAUGUAGGCAUCAUUAACUCUAUUUUCAGACGCUUGGUCGGUAGCCAAGACGAGUCAGAGGUUGAUGCAAUCUGAAGAGGCCGCUUUAUGAGCCUUAACCAUUAAUUUCAAACCUAAUAAGUGCUGAUGGGACUACUGCAUGCAACGCGAUAGACCACAUUUCUCAUUUGGGUAGUGUGUACAGAAAGAACUUAUAAAGGAACCUAACCUAAAAUAAAUAAAUUAAUUAAAAUAACGAUCCUGAGACCCUGCAUCCUAAUAUGAGGACAUUAAGUUUUAGGUUUUAGGUUUUAUUGCGACUUAUUCUGCUUUAUUUAAACCCGUUGUCCUCUUUAGUGGUCGCUUUAGUCUGCCAUCUAGUGAUAGCAAAGGGUCAAUACACUAAAGAACAUAAUAGAGUAAAAACGUGACGACAAAAGGUGGAGGAGGAACAAAACUCCAUCUACGGUUAAACCUUAUUUAUUCAUGGUUAUUAACGUUUCUAGUAUGAUAUGACACGCUAAUUUAACAUGUUUUAUCAAUAGCAAUGAGCUACAACCACGCUAAUUAGCAAGUACUCAUUUGAGGACCCUGGGAUCUUCAUUGGUAAUUCUGACUCAGCCAUGUAGGGGUGUUAAAAUAAAUAAUUUUAUAUUUUGUCACACUUUGGUGACAUAAGCAAUGAAAUAUCCCCAGUGUCCACAUAUGAGGACAUUGUUUUUUUUAUUAUUAUUGAUUU